AAAGAGUCUUUUGAAAAGAGUCAACCAGCUGACUAUACUUGAAACAUUUUUGUUAGAGUUGGCUUCUAUUUUGUAAUAAAGCGUAUUAUUUAUCAAUAUUUCUAGCGUUUUUACAUUUUGAUUAAAAAUUUGAAAUCCCAAUUACUCAAUUCACCAUAUUCUAUCAACUUAAUAACAUCAUAAACCACUAUUUUCAAUAUUUGGCCAUUUUAUUAACACAAGGAUAAUUUAAAUUUUACCAGCUUUGUUACAUCUCCACAUCAUCAACUGUAAUCAUUUACUUAACUACAAACGUUUCUGCUGGUUUAGCUACAACCUGUAGCUAUCAACAUCUGUCUUCUGUGUCAAUCUGUAUUGUUGCCGUACCCCAGGACAAUUGGACUGACAAUAAUUAUCCAUCAAAAUUAUAGUCAAGUAUAACUAAUUAUGUUAGUAAUCAAAACUUUUAAAUUAAGUGAUGACCAACAGAUCGUCUCUCUACAAAUGGAAAUAUGAUAAAUUAGUUGAUCAAGAAGUUGACCAACAAGAAUUCCCUGACAAUGACAAUCAGCUCGACGAAAACACAAAUAAUACAAUCAACGGUGGCUAUGGCUUUGAUGCUGCCACAGGAAGACGCCUUUUACAAGACCAAGCAUCAUCCACGUCCAACGGCGAACAAGAAACAAUUAUAGCUGAUUUAGAAUAUAGUAAAGAUUAUUAUGAACUCAAAAAGCGAUCUCAAAAUGAAAAAAAACUAAACAAAAAACCGGACCAUCAUCAUUAUAUUUUCCAUAGGAUUGAAAAAGGUGAUACACUCCAAGGAAUUGCUUUAAAGUGGCAUUGUUCGUUACAUGAGCUUAAGCGAGUAAACAACUUGGUCUCUGAUCGUGAUUUUUAUGGCCUUAAUGUAAUCAAAAUACCUGUUAAAAAGUAUGGCAUUCUUAGUGAAGUUAUGGUUCAUCAAGUAAAUAGUUCAUAUUUAACCUUAUUGGAUGAAACGCCACAAGAGCAGACUAAACCAUUGGUAAUUAACGUUGGUCUUCGUCAGACUUUUCUUAAUGAUGAUAAUGCCCAGGAGAUGAAUAAAUUUCUUACCGAUUUGGAUGCUGAUCUUGCCAAAAUGAGAAAGGUAGUCGACAAUUACAACAAAGAAGACGCCAGUGAUUCAAAUACUGUUAUUAAUGGUUCAAAUUCAAAUGCAGAUCUAUCCAACUCUUUGAAUUCUAUUCCAAAAAAACCAUCUAAUUACCAAUGUGAUGGAGCUGAUUGUGGCUUCAGUUGGUAUAGUCUUAUGCUUGUGGCUCUGUUCAUUCUCAUUCUACUGCCUGUGAUAUAUGCAUUAGCAUCCGGUAAAAGCCAUCCAUUUUGAUACAAACUUUGUUGAAAUGUUUGGAUUUCCGUUGUAACAUUACGAAAUAUCGUAUCUUUAGUACCAUCAAAAGAUUGAAAGAAUUUAAAUUUCUCUUUAAUCUUCGGCAUCAUCUUUAGCGUCAUCAUCACCAUAGCCCUCACAUAAUCAUUAACAUUGCCAUCAUUCAAUUAGCUAAACAAAAUCGUUCAUUUCAUUUUAUGAAUAAUGUAAACAACGAGAGAAAUAGAAUAUAAAAAUCUCAAUAUCAGUUUUGUAAUCAUUACAUGUAAUUAUUGUUAAAACAAUCUUAUUCUUCCAGCCAUUACCAAUGUUUAAAAAGAAAGAUUAAAAAAUUCGUGCCCAA